GACAAGUUCACAAACCGUGAUGAUGACGUUUUCAUAAAGUUUAUCGCACUUCACCUGAGAUUAUAUUGGGUAAGGGAUUUUUAAUAGAAUGAAGUGUUAAGAUAUGACGUGUAUUUUUUUACUUUAAGUGCUUCCAGGAUUUACAUGUAUGCUAGCUAGUAGGUGAGUAGCUGACUAGUACAGACCAAAUCGAAAAAACGUAAUUUGUUGAAUAUGAUACAGAUUUUUUGCCGAAGAGGAUAAAAUUAUUGCCAUCAAUUUUUAUAGCGUUUCUAACCCUCCCAAAUCUGAACCUUAAAUGGAGAAAUUUGUCGUCUGUUUAUUUCUACUUUCACUCUUCGUGAGCUCUUCAUGUCAGACUUGUGAACGAGAUUCAGACAAGUGUGCUGGUGAUUCUAAAGGAGAGGGUUGUGGCUGCUCAGUGAGUAGAGAUGCUUCAAAAUACUCAAAAAAUGAACCUUCCAUUGAUAACACUGAGGAACAAAUUAUUGACAUAGAUGAUCUUCCGAGGACCAAUGAGAUGGUAUUUAUAGAGCGAGGGACAUUUACCAUGGGGACCAAUGAGCCUAUCUUCCCUGUGGAUGGAGAGAAUCCAGCCAGAAAGGUCACCGUAGAUUCGUUUUAUCUUGAUAAACAUGAAGUAAGCAAUGCCGAGUUCCAGAGAUUUGUGGAGGAAACAAAUUACGUGACAGAGGCAGAAAACUUUGGAAAUUCCUUCUGUCUGGAGAAUUAUGUUAGUGAAGAAACUCUAAGGAAUAUAACACAAUCAGUUGCUGCAGCCCCCUGGUGGGUCCCUGUGAAUGGUGCAGAUUGGCGACAUCCCCAAGGUCCAGAUUCAUCUAUUGAAGACAAAAUGGACCAUCCAGUUGUGCAUGUGUCAUGGAAUGAUGCUGUCAAAUAUUGUGAGUGGGCGGGGAAAAGACUGCCCACAGAGGCAGAGUUUGAGCGUGCUUGCAAAGGCAAUCUUCAGUCAAGGCUUUUUCCCUGGGGAAAUAAAGAGGAACCUAAAGGGAAACACUGGAUGAACAUCUGGCAUGGAAAAUUUCCCUCAGAAAACACCGCCAAUGAUGGCUAUCACACCACAGCUCCAGUAACAGAAUUUCCAGAGCAAAAUAUUUUUGGGGUUAAAAAUAUCAUAGGAAAUGUUUGGGAAUGGACACAAGAUUGGUGGGAGACCAAAUUUACUCCAACUCCCAAGAAAAAUCCAAAGGGUCCAAGGAUUGGAACAGAUAAAGUGAAAAAGGGAGGAUCCUUCAUGUGUCAUAAAAAUUACUGUUACCGCUAUAGAUGUGAUGCCAGGAGUCAGAAUACACCAGACAGUUCUGCAGUGAAUUUAGGAUUCCGUUGUGCCAGUGAUAAACUGCCAGCUUAUUUAGAGGACAUUACUGAGGAAGUGUUAAUUGACCAGGAUGACUUACUAAGAGAAGAACUUUAAUAGUGUUUCAAGUGCAAUUAAAAAUAAUUUAAAAGUUACACUGCCUUUCUAUAGUAUUUUACAUCUUUUGUACUUUCCAAUCAUUCAUAAAAUUGAUUUUUAAAAUAAACACUACCAGAAAAAGCA